AUGCAGGCUGAGGAAUACAACCGCAGAGGUUUUAAGGUGUCUGUUACUACAGGUAAGGAGCUGGUGGAUUACAUCACCCAGUACCUGUGCUCCAUCAGGGAGAGGAGGGUGAUUCCAGAUGUGAAGCCAGGUUACAUGAGGGAGCUUCUCCCUGACGCUGCGCCUACAGAGGCAGAGGACUGGGAGAGUAUCUUCAACGACAUUGAGAAAGUCAUUAUGCCAGGAGUGGUUCACUGGCAGAGCCCUCACAUGCAUGCCUACUACCCGUCCCUGACUUCAUGGGCAUCUAUGCUUGGAGACAUGCUGUCAGAUGCCAUCAACUGUAUUGGAUUUACCUGGGCCUCCAGUCCAGCUUGUACAGAACUGGAAAUGAAUAUGUUGGACUGGUUGUGUAAAGCACUGGGGCUGCCCUCCUUCUUCCUGCAUUACCAUCCUGACAGCAGAGGCGGAGGCGUACUACAGAGCACCGUCAGUGAGAGCACACUAGUUGCUCUGCUCGCAGCCAGGAAAGAUAAAAUAUUGCAGCUGCGGGCUGAGGUUGACCAGGAUGUGGAUGACUCGGUCCUAAAUUCAAGACUGGUGGCUUACGCUUCAGAUCAGGCUCAUUCCUCAGUUGAGAAGGCAGGUAUGGUCUCUCUGGUCAAGAUCAGGUUUCUGCCCACUGAUGAGCAGUUGUCCCUGAGAGGAGACACUUUGAAACAAGCCAUACAAGAGGACAGGAUGAGGGGACUGGUCCCUUUCAUGCUGUGUGCAACUUUGGGAUCUACAGGAGUGUGUGCCUUCGACAAUCUAUCUGAACUGGGACCAGUCUGUGCAGAAGAGGGAGUGUGGCUCCAUGUUGAUGCAGCAUACGCUGGCUCAGCCUACAUCUGUCCUGAGCUCCGCUGGUCCCUGGAGGGCAUUGAAUAUGCUCACUCUUUUGUCUUCAACCCUGCCAAGUGGUUGAUGGUCAGUUUUGACUGCACAGCUUUCUGGGUAAAGGAUAAAUAUAAGCUCCAACAGACGUUCACUGUCGAUCCUCUUUACCUCAGACAUGAAAACUCACAGGCAGCCACAGACUACAUGCACUGGCAGAUUCCCCUCAGCCGACGUUUCCGUUCUCUCAAACUCUGGUUUGUGAUGCGCUCCUUUGGAUUGAAAAACAUCCAGGCUCAUAUCCGACAUGGGAUUGAGAUGGCAAAGCUCCUGGAGUCUCAGAUAAGGAGAGAUCCAAAUUUUGAGGUUCCUGUUGAGAGGCAUCUUGGCCUGGUGGUCUUCUGUCUGAAAGGAGGAAAUGCUUUAACCCAGGAGCUGUUGAGGAGACUGACCCGGUCAGGCAAAAUGUACCUCAUCCCUGCAGACAUUCGCACCAAACGCAUCAUCCGAUUCACGGUGACUUCACAGUUCACUACAGCAGAUGACAUCCUUAGGGACUGGAGCAUCAUCUCUAAAACGACUUCCACACUUCUGGCUGAGACACAAGCUCUGAAUAAUGCAGACCAACCAAAAUCAGGGAAAGAUGAGGUUGUAGGGAACCGAGACCCCAUCUCAGACACCAGGUCCAAGGAGAGUGAGGAGGCUGCCACCAGACAGGACAAGGCUGAGGUGGAGCUGUGGAUUGACAAGGCUUGGAAUCUGUCUACGAGACCAAUGCGCUCUCUAAGCUGCAACAGCGAGCCUUUCGAUUACAAUGGGUUGAUGUCUAGCUAUGCUGCAGGUGCUCUCCCAACGCCACAAACAGCAGGACCCGAUGCUGUGUUUGAGAUUACCGAGCCGUCAAAUCUCCUGGGUAAACAUGCCUUGAAAAAGCUGACAAAGUUCUACAGCGUGCCCAGUUUCUGCAACCAGUUGGUGCAGUGUAGCCGGCACCAGGUGUGCUGUCCUCUGAAGGUUUCAGCUCAAAAAAACUUAACCUCAACUUGCAGAAGAACAAACUGUAUGUCUUCUACUCCUGUAGCCAACACAGCUCCCUCUCCAACCACACAGGAAACUUCCACUGCACCCAAACUCCUGUAAAGAUCCAGAGAGCAGUAGUACAGUAGUUCAUACACACAUAAAUACAGGUAUUGAUAAUUAAGCAAUUUACUUCUGUACCGUGUUGGUGCUGUAAUAGUAACUUCAAUGUUGUGCGUCAUUCACUAGAGAUGCACAACCUCCCCCGUACUGACAUAAGAAACCAGCUCCUUUUGUCUUUGUAAUUUGAGAUGCCUAGACUCAACUUUGCACCUAAAUACAAGAUCCUGCAGGAUACUUCAGGUGUAAAACACAUCAUCGGGGGGGUCGGCGCCAAUACUUGCAACAGACAAAAGGGUGUGGAAACACUUCCUGAAGGGGUGUCUCCUUGAGCAGACAAUGGGAUGUGAAAGGAAUGCCCCUCAGGUAUAAUUGUCUAGGUGUCCCAAUAUUCGGGGUCUUUUCUCCAUCUUUGACCGCUCGUGUGUUAAACUGACCUUUUCUUUGCAAAGAAAAUAAAAACUUGCCGGCCGGCAGAAGUCUCUAUUUCAUUUCCACAACAGUGCGCAGUCAGCUUCUGGUACAAAAGGAUCAGUAUCUACCUGUACCAAUGAUUUACAAUCAUGUUUUUAAU